CUGUAUUCAACAGUAAUAGAAGUGAGAAGAACCACUAAAAGUUGUGAAAAACGAGAACGAAACGAAAUUGUCUCUUGCAAUUGAAUAAGAUUAUCAAAACCACUUCUCACUUUAAAGUGUUAAAGCAAUUAAAAAAUGAUGGCAAACGAAAACCGCAGACAAUUUUUUUCACUUUCCCAGGAGGAGAUUCUUGGCUUCAAUGAUGAACACGUUGAUGUCAACGUGACGAAACUUAAGAAAAAAAUUUAUUAUUUCAUCGUAUCGUUUGGCUACAUUCUCAAUGGUUUUUACGUGGGAUGGAGCUCAAAAUUCUUCUCGUUGAAUGAAAAAUCAAGUGAUUCGAAUGAUUUUCGUCGAUCUCAAAUAUCAUGGAUCAUCUCCACAUUUCCACUUGGCGUUGUCAUCGCGUCAUUUUUGGUUUAUAAACUUUAUUAUUAUAUUGGAACGAAGCUUUCGCUUUUGGUGGCAUCGCUCUUGAUUCUACUGUCAUGGGCCGUAACGAUAUGCUUCGGAAAUAAAUUUGAAGCUUUGAUUUUUGCGAGAAUUAUUGGAGGCCUUGGCGGCGGAAUUGUCUUUAUUCUCGUUCCACUCUACAUGAAAGAAUUGAUGGGACCGGAAUAUAAUAGCAAAAUUGUUGAGUUGCUGAUAACUCUGUUUGGUCUAGGAAUCUUCACACAAUAUUUUAUUGAUCUUGUAACGCCUCUUCAACAUUCAUGGAUUGUAUUUGCACUCGCAUUACUCUUCUUCGUAAUUUGCUGUCUGAUACCAGAAUCACCUCGUUACCAAGCAUUUAGAGAAAUGGAAGUAGAAAACACCUACGACUUUGAGAAAGCAGUCAGAUUACAUAAAUUAUUUAAUGUUGAAGAUUUGCAACGAAAGUCGCUUAAAGAUUUGUUCAAUGAGCUGAAAAAAUUAAAUCUUUUGUCAGUUAUUGGAUUAUUUCUGGUCGAACAAUUCAUUGGUGGCAUCAGUAUCCUCUUCUACAUGAAACAUUUUUCACAGUUGACUGGUGGACAUUUGUCACCUGAAAUGAUGGCGACAACAGUGGGUGUUACGCUCAUUUUCAGCAUUCCACUGUCGAAGUUGGUGAAGUUCUCGAGAAUAACAUCAAUAAGAAAACAAAUAAUAUCAAGCUCUAUGGUUAUAUUGUCAUGUAUGGCAAUACUUGCGGUGUUUUGUGUGACCGAAGGUUCAGUUGGAUAUAAAUUGAAUAUGAAUGGAGUAGAUUUAGUUCCUGUGGCUGCUUUUGUCAUUGUAACAUUUUUUUAUGUUGUGGGAAUAUCAAGAAACUUGCUGCUAAUCAUGCAACAAAUACUGUCAUCGUACGCACUUCAAUUACACUUGAGGACACUCAGCAUUGCAGUGACAUGGUUUUUCAUUUUUGCAAUGACAAAACUGUUGCCACAACUAUUAUAUCUCGUUGGAGUUGGAUAUUUUUAUUGCUAUAUGGUGGUGUUUGCUCUCAUCGCUCUGAUUUUUCUUUGUAAAAUUAUUCCAUCAUCUCUAAACCUGGAAGUUGAUAGAGCGACGCCAAGUGUGAUGGAAACAAGCCUUGUCAUGGCAUCAUCUGUGGCAAGUGAGACGCCUUCAGCUAAUCCUUUGUCUACCACGUCUUCAUUCAACGAAGUUCAUCAGGCGGAAGAAAUUUAACUCAGAAAUUCCAUGCAUCAUAGAGUAAACUUACUGAAUAUUGCUUCGGGUUGCGACUGUAAAUAAGACUGACAAAAAGAGACAUGUACAGCAUAAUAAAAAAAAAGAGAUUUUCCGUAGAAGACUUAUUAGUUAGAAAGAAAGUGAACUCAAUUGGAACUGUGACAUAAAAUAUAAGCAAGCAUAGUUCCUUCGAGAAAUAUUUAACACUAAACUUAUGUAUAAGGAUAGAUAUGUAAAAUCAAUUCAAUAGAAUACUUGAAACUGAAGAGGAAACUCUCGUUUUAUUGUUUAAGAAAGAUUCUAAAUAUAGAAGUCAUCGAAUGGAUACUUAAAUCUUUCAAUAGGAAUUUUCCUUUCAAAUAAAACUUUUUUUUUCUUAUAAUUAGUAAGCCAAUCAUGAUCUUUAAUUAAAAAUACCAAAGUUUACGGUCUUUAUAAAAACAUCGUAAUCUUAAUUUCAAUUUGAGAUCAAAGAUGUUAAAAAUAAAAAAAAUCUGUAAACAUGAAUGUAAAUUAAUUUCUGAUAGACAUUUAAGGAGCGAAACAGGAAAUCUUUUUAAAAAUUAUUUUAUUCACAAAUAUUUUUCUUUAUCACAUUUAUUUGAUUUCUUCUUUAGUUUAGCUAAGUUAAUGAGUAAACACAUUUUAAUUUCACAAGUAUAGAAUGUUUUUAUAGUUUUCUUUUAUGGUUGAUAUUUAUAUAGAAUUAUUUAAUUAUAACACUCUUAUAGAGACAACUAUGGCUUUUCCAGAUAAAAUAUCAUCAAUUAUAUUUACAUUUCUCAUUAACAUACUUUCUUUUCCACCAUUUUCAUGUUGUUGUACAUCACAUUGCCGUAAAUUAUACUUAAUUCUACCUACGAUGUUAGAAGAUUGUUAUCAAAAUAAAUAAAUAAAUAAAGCAUCUACUUUGUUACAGAACUUCAUGAAUGUAUUUAAAUAUGUAGUGAAAGGAGAAACAGUUCUUAUGUAUUCUUUACAUAUAAGCAAAAUCAUAAUCCUCUUAAAAUUUAUCUUAUUUUCGUACAACUUGCAUGUAAGUGUGAUGUAGAAAUAUCUUUUCAGACUUUUCCACAUCUUUUUAUUUUCUUUGUGGUUUGUACGAAAUAUUUUGAGCAUCGAUUUUACUUACAAUGUUAUGUUAGGUAAAUGGUUGAAAAUAAUUGAAUCCUUUCAUAAAUUUUUCUGCAAGUUCAUGAACUUGAGAAAAUCAUUUUGCUAACAUCAUUUUGCAUUAUUUGAAAUGUGUAUAGUAUGGAUAAGUGAUUUAGUGGAUGACGUCAAAGUGACGAAGCUUUUCUUGAAACUUUCACAAACCAAAGUGUGGAAAAGAGUUUCACAAAAUUAAAUAUUUUCUUUUCUUUCAUAUUUUGAAGUCAUAUUUAUCAUUUAUAUAAGUUUUAUCUGGUAUGUAUGUUACAAACAUUCUUAUUUAUGAAUAAUUUAUGUUUGGUAAUUUAUGUUGGCCUUUGUUUGGUUCUCUACGUAGAGAACUAGAAAUUCUCAUCGUUCUCAACCUUAAAAGCUUUCUUUCUAUGAGACGAACAUUUUGCAUAUGUGUUAGGCGCAUUCUUUUUCCCCUUUACGAUGAAAAAUAUUUGUUCACGAAACAUGAUUUUCAUUGUGUUCAUAAAAAUAAAGGAUUCAUUCCUUCAUGUAUAAAUUUUAAGAUUAACAAGGAUGAAAACAAACAUUUAAAAAUCUCGCUAACAUAUUUACAAUUGAAUUCGUAGAAAAUAUUUGCAU